CCGCCCCUCACCCUCUUAUUUUCUCUUCCUAUCUUCCAUCGGGAUAUAAACUUUCCGUUCCCGGCUAUUUUCUCAGCAAACAAACAAUCCUUUACGAUCCAAACCUAUUGUCAAAUUACUCUAAUUUUCUCCCAUAGAGAGAGAAACGGAGCUCUGAUCCACAGAAGAUUUCCGGUGAAUGGUUUGCGUGCGGGAGCGUGACUCAGAGCGAGUGUUGAAGUCGUCGUCUUCGUCGGUUUCCAUGGCGCUGGGUCCGGAGAGAACGAAGCCUCUUCACAAUUUCGAUCUGCCGUGUUUGAAAUGGGGGAGUCAGAAGUACCUCCGGUGCAUGAGAGAGGUUUCAAACGGCGGCGCCGGCGGUAGGAGUGAUCGGCGAUCUGAUGUCACGAGAUUUCAGAGCUCUUUGGGAAAUCGUCGGAGGGAAUCUGAGCCAGAGAGACGUAAGUUUCGGGCUCCGAAACCGGUAUUUCUGGAUAAUGACGGCAAAGAAGGGAUCGCGGCGAUGGGGGAGAAAAUCCUCUUGGAGAUCAAAACGGUGUCGGAGAAGUUAAAGGACAAGUUUUUAGCGGAGGGAGAUGCUGAAGCCGAGAAGCAAUCUGCUGCGAUGCCGCCGCGGAAGCUCAGGGCAAGAAAGGUUCCGUCUGCUCAGGAGGUUGAAGAAGCAGGUAAGUGCUCGGGAAUUGAAGAGAUGAAGGCGAAUUGCUCGCCGUUGAGGAGUGAGGCGAACAAUGGGGUGAAGUUGACGAGGCUGGUCAGAGGGUUACCGCCACCGGAGAAUAAAGAGAGAGUCAAGUUCUCGGUGCCGCUCUCGAAGAAGGAGAUCGAGGAGGAUUUCAUGGAGCUAUUUGGCCACAAGCCUCCUCGCCGGCCCAAGAAGCGGCCAAGGAACGUUCAAAGACAAUUGGAUUAUCUGUUUCCGGGUCUGUAUUUAAACGAGAUUACAACAGACACGUACAAAGUUCCCGAUGACCCUGAAACCGGCAAGAGAUAGCAAUGAAGUGAGAUGUGGCCAGUGAUGAAGUCUCUAAGAGCUGUGUUCUCUGCUUGUGGUGGUGACUGUGGCGCUAAUUAGUGGGGUAUACCGCACCAGCUAAAGUGACAUGGGAAUUUGAUGAGAGGGUAUUAAAUCCUAUGAAACUUGGGGGUGUAUGUUCAGUUGCUUCUUAAAAUGCUAAUUUUGUUUAUUAAUUAUAUUCAUUUUUCUCUUUUUUUGCACUUAAUAAUUGUAUAAAAGAAACUCUUAUUGAUAUGGAAGAUAAAGUUCUUUA